UGACGGCCGACCGCUGAAGGAUGAACCCCAAAUACGUUCUGCUCGGGGUGCUGUACUUCGUCCAAGGGAUCCCCUACGGCCUGCAGUCGGGGCUGCUGCCCAUCUACUUCCGAAUGGCGGGCCUCUCCUUGACCAAGAUCAGCCUGACCAAGAUGCUGUUUGUGCCCUGGAUCCUCAAGGUCUUGUGGGCCCCCCUGGUGGACCAGUACUUCACCAAGAAGACCUGGCUGGUGCUGAGCCUGGCGGGGCUGGUUCUGGCCUCCCUGGCCUGCUCCACCAUGACCCCCGAGAUCCAUUUCUUCCCCGUGGCCACUGCCCUCCUCUUCAUGAACUUCUUUGCCUCCGUCCAAGACGUGGCGGUGGACGGGUUAGCCGUCUGGCUCCUGGGGCAGGAGGAGGUGGGCUACGGCAACACCAUCCAGGUGGUAGCUUACAAGCUGGGCUCGGUCAUGGCCGGAGGAGGCCUCCUCACCUUCCUCCAUCUCUUGGGCUGGGGGCCGCUCUUCAGCUCCUUGGCCGUCAUCUACCUCCUCGCCAUCCUGUACACCUGGCGCUCAGAUCUGCGGCUGCGGCGCCCUUUGCAGGAGAGCCAGGCUAAGAGCCGGACUUUCAACCCCUGGCGAAUCCUGCGGGGGCUGUUGAGGGUGCCAGGAACCCCGUGGAUCGCUGGCUUUGUGUUCAUCUAUAAGAUAGGUGAACAAGGGGCCACCUCCAUGUUCCCGCUCUUCCUCUUGGACCGCAACUUCUCUCCUCGGAAGCUCGGCUUCUGGAACGGGAUCGUGGCCACAGUCUUCUCCAUCACCGGUUCCUCGUUGGGCGGCCAUCUGAUGUCCAAGCAGAGGCGCCCACUGGCCCUUCUGAAGACCUUGCUGGUGCUCCGAAUCUGCGGCCUGCUCUUUCAGACCCUGCUGACGGCCGUCUACACAGACAGAGUGUCCGCCUUUGAAGCGGCCGCCGUGUUGAGCAUCUGCAUCCAGCACUUCUUUGCCGGGGUAGUCACCACUCUGACGUUUAGCAUUAUGAUGCACUGCACCCAGAAGGCGGACGAGAGCAUACAGGCCACACACUACAGCUUCCUGGCCACUCUGGAAGUGCUGGGCAAGCUCCUCUUCAGCUCCCUGGUGGGGAGCUUGGUGGACUGGCUGGGCUUCACCGCCUCCUUCUGGAUCUUCCUCUCCUUCUCCCUCACGUCGGUCUUCUACACUCUGCGAGGAUCCCUGGCGGGAAGCUGAGCACUGGAGAGCCGCCACCCAGAGAGAACGCCACGGGCCAGAUCCAGGGCUCAGGGGGCCUCCGGAGGAAUUGAUGGGAGGGGAGGAGCAGAGGGCAAGGAGCACCAUCAGCAUAGCCAGCUUCAAGAGGGGAUUGGGGAUCUCCGGAGCUGUUUUCCCAGAUGGAAGCAGGAGGAUAACAAAAGCUGGGACCUGCUCCACUGCCUUUGCCAGCCAGGCGGCGGCUCUGAGCCUCAAUAAAGCGGCUGCACCUUGAA